AUGCCUAGGCUUUCCCCAGACAACCAAGAAGAACUCCAGAAACAUUUCUCCAGACCAUCUAUGCCGAUACAAUUUCUGCUCCCGCCCAGGGCUGAGGAAUAUAAUGCGAACAUUCAUCAAACAGUGGAAAAUGAAGGAGGCACCAUAGCCAGGCACAAUGUCAAGGUAAGACCCCCUGCACAGCUCCCAGGCUCGCCUGCUGCCCCGAAGCUGCUCGGCCUCCUCUCCGGCACGCUCUCCGGCCUCGCGCGCUUCUUCGCUCACCUUCUCCAGCGACCCCUUCCUGGGGCUCCCCUGCGGCGCCCGGACUUCUCUCUUCUGCUCCCCGUCCUGCCAGCCGCUGGGCUCGCGCCGCGGCAGGAGGAGCGGCCGGGCCGCCUCUCGCUCCUGCUCAGGGCAGCUCUGGCACUGCCCGGCCGACCCCCAGGGGGACGCCUGCCCCGGGAAGAGGACGCCGGCGCCGGGCAGAGCCCGCCCAGGCCCCCGAUGGGAUCAGAACGCGUGGAGAUGCGAAAGCGGCAGGUGUGCGCCGCCCAGGGGCCCGCAGCCGCCGCCCCAGGCCCGCGCGGAGUGGGGAACCGGGGGCCCAACGCUUGCUGCUUCUGCUGGUGCUGCUGCUGUAGCUGCUCUUGUCUCACUGUUAGAAACCAAGAGGAACAGAGACUCAGGAGUGCUUCCUAUGAACUCAGAACAGAGGACCUUCCCAUCUGUGAAGAAAGCCCGGGUCCCAGCCUGGAGGAGGCCAGCACCUGGGCCCAGUCCUUCGACAAACUCAUGCUCACGCCUGCGGGAAGGAACGCAUUCCGGGAGUUUCUCCGAACGGAGUUCAGUGAGGAAAACAUGCUCUUCUGGAUGGCGUGUGAGGAACUGAAAAAAGAAGCUAAUAAAACCACGAUUGAAGAGAAAGCACGAAUAAUAUAUGAAGACUACGUUUCUAUUCUUUCUCCUAAAGAGGUCAGCCUGGACUCCCGCGUGAGGGAGACCAUCAACAGAAGCAUGGCCGAGCCGUCCCCUCACAUCUUCGAUGACGCCCAGCUGCAGAUCUACACCUUGAUGCACAGGGACUCGUACCCCCGGUUCAUGAACUCUGCUCUCUACAAAGACCUGCUUCGCUCCUUAUCUGAGAAAGCAGUGGAAGCCUAGGAUGUUCAAAAUAUUUAUUAUUAAUAAAACAAAGAACUCGUGGACUCCGUGUAGGACAGGGAAUUUAGAGGCAGUAGUGUCUUCUGCUGGGUCAUACUCGGGUUAUUUUAAUAACAGACUCUUCCUUCUGCAGAAGGCUGUAUAUUCACCAAGUAAAUUGCGGCCACCUUUUGUGAUACUUUUGGGAAAAAUGGGGUAUGGCUGUGUAGAAAGGUAGUAUAUUUACACUUACAAUGACAGUAGCACUUUCUCAGUGACAAAGGAUACACAAGAAGACACCACACUGCCUGCAGCGUGUACAUCCAUGGGAACAGGACCCAAAUUCCCAUUUUAUAAAGAUGUGACCGCUACCUGUAAAACUGGUAUUCUACUUUAUCUUAGGAUACAUGUAUGUAGAUGCGUAUUAUGUGCGUGUGUAUCUUACAUGGUUAAUGUAAAGCCCUGGGCUCUGAAGUGGAUCAGCCUCAAAUGUUUGAUAAGAGAAGUACUGCCUAGAAAAUGCUCUUGUUGAAAAGUUACCUUUAUUACCAGAAUCUGCCAACCUGAAGAAUGAAUUUUCAUGUAGGUGGUGUUCAUCACAAAGCGUUCAAAUAAGCGUAUCUCCAUUUUUACUAUUGAAAGAAAUAUGGGCAUUUUCACUCUAAAAAAAUAAAGCACAAGAGUUUUAUCUCAA